AUGCUGGUCCACUACAUAUUGACUGCAAUAUUGGUGGUCUUUCUGGAGACUCGGCUAGGACGAGCAGAGUGUCCUCGCGGCUACAAAGCGAGUUCAUCCGGUCAAAGAGAGCCGUCGACAAAGUCGGAGAGCCAGAGGAUCUUGGAGAAUUUCCUCAACGAAAGGGAUGAGGCCACGAUCCGCUCCACAUGGAAUACUGCCAAAAAGAAUGGUAACAUCGGUCCCAAGACAUUCCUACGUUACUUUGAAUUGAAGCCUGAGGCACAGAAAAUGUUUCCAGCUUUUGCGGAAGUAGACCACAUGAAGCUGCCGACGAAUGAAGAUUUUCUCGCUCAAGCUCAGAAUUGCGUAUCUGGGCUCAAUUCAUACGUUGAACACCUUGGGAAAAAUCCCAAAAAUUGUCCGUUCAUCGCUAAGGCAAAAGGAAAAUAUCAUCAUGAAGAUCUUAAGCUUCUGGGAGUGACCCUAAUGGGAGUGUUGGAAGAAGAACUGGGGAAAGGAUUCACUGAUGAAACAAAGGAGGCGUGGAAGAAAGGACUUCGAGCGAUGAACGAAGCCGUCACGAAAAGACCAAAUCCGUCGAGACGUUAA